AUAAGAUGACAAGAAUUGUUGGUUCAAAACGACCUCAAGCUGUGAUUACAACAACAUCUUGGAAAGAUGGCCGUGAAAACGUUAAUAAAAUAUUGAAAUCAAGGAAAAUAAAAUCAACCAUGCAAGCAACUGAGAAAACGAAAACACAAAAUUGGACAAGUUUGAUGAUAAAGGAAAAACAACCACAAAUACUUAUGCUUUGACGAAUAAUAAAUUGGGAAGAACAUUUGUUACGAGUUCAGAAGAUGAGAUUAUCGAGGGGCCACUAACUUCUUCAGACGACGAUCACGUCGUACAGCGAGAAAAUGAAAACAUGGAUAAUGUUCAAGCUGAGAAUGAUAAAGUAACGUCUGUUUUUAACGAGGAAGCAACGACGAAGAAUUUAGAUGAUUUUGACGUUGAGUCGAAAAUGAAAGAUUCUUUAUCAAAAGAUGUAAAGGGGAUGUUAGUGGACCUUGCAAAAGAAAGCUCAGAAAGUGAUACUGAUGUUACGAAUGAAGAAAAAGCUGAAAUAUUAAAAACUAGUCCACAAAAGAAAAGAAUCUUGAAAGUAAAGAAAAUAGCAGUGACAGAGAAAUCAAAUGAAGAUAUGUGUCCUAAAGCGAAAACUCGUCAUUACGACCAAGAAGAAGUACAGCGUUAUAUGGCUCAUCAAUUGACGGAGAGAAGAAAGAAAAUGAGAGAAGAAAAACUACAAAAAAAGAAACAAGAAGAAGAGAAACAAAAACGACUAAAGGAUUUGUAUGAGAGGCAGAGAAAAAGUUUCAUUUCCACGAAGAAAGAGAAAAGACUUGGUAAAACAUUCUCGAUGGGAAAUAUCGAUGUUCGUUUUCCGAGAAAUGAGAAAUAUGAAGAUGGAAGUAUAGCUGGAUAUACAAAGAAUGACCAAAGAUCUUUAUCGUUGAAGCAUAAUGACUCAGACAAAGAAAAUACAGAUGUUGAAGAUAUGAAAUACAGUCCUAAUGUGUCUUCAGAAAGAUGCGUUAGUAAUGAUGAUAUUAACGUCACACUUACUGAAGAACUUUUCACCAAUGAGAGUAUGCACGAGAAGACGCCACGUGACUUGGUUUUACCAGCUAGUACCCAGUCCUUGGAUGAGAGAACUCAACGUCUUACCGCUCUACAGUCAACAGCUUUAGCUUUACAAUCGCGCCUUCAAUCGCAUGCUUUACGACUCAGCGGUAUAAAGGAAGGCUCGUUUACUCAGCAAACAGAGAAACAACACCUUUUUCCAACACUAAGUAAAGAGACAGCAUUUCAGGGCGAAUUACCAGGAGUUGCACAUAUAAGAAGACAGGCGAUUGAAAACGAAAAACAGUCGAAAAGAACAGCAGCUGCAACAAAGAUUCAAGCAGCAUAUCGCGGGCACACGGUCAGAAAACGUCAUCGAUGGAACGAUGAAAGAAUAUCAUUAAAUGAAAGUGGAAACAUUUCACCAUUGCCAAUCGUUGACGAUGAGAAUGUUACAGAUGCGGAGAAGAAUCAUUCAGUAUCAGAACCUACCGAGGAAAUACAGAAAACGAAACCUGGUAUCCAAAAAUACGUCGUUGAAACUUCUUCAGUUGAAGAUUGUAGUGAUGAUAUGCAGUUUAAAAAUCUUCCGUCGUUUCAUGAAACUGAUUUAACAAUGCAGCACAAUCCAUCUAUCUUUGAGAGAAAACAUCAAUAUGAAAAUCCUGGAUAUACUUUUCUCCAUAAUGAAGAGAUGUCAAAAACAGCAACUGGUCAUUAUAAAUUUACGCCAGCAGUUCCAUAUGAACCCCGUGGUGAUAGAUUUAGUGUUAUGAAUAUAUUUACACGACGUUUUAGAUCACUGCCUGUAGAAGAUAUUUUAAACGAAGGGCCUGGAUCGGAGACGGCUAGCCUUCUUGAGAUUGAUUCAAGUAGACAAUCGGACAGCGAGGGGCCUGGAUCGGAGACAGCUAGCCUUCUUGAGAUUGAAUCAAGAAAAAAGUCAGAUCAUAAUAAUGAAUAUGUGGAUGGCGCUACUGACUUUGAUUCUCUUUCGGCUAGUGAGCUUCGUGUAAAGGGAGAUCGUAAAGAUGUAACGUACUCUGAAUGUUUUGAAACGGACUCUGAUACUAAAGAGCAAAUCGACAAACUUGAUAGUUCACAAGAGUUGAUCUCAUCGCGAAUUAAAAACGAAGACGAAAUAAGUGAAGAUAGUCAACCAAAUACUCGCACGAGUCCCUCCAUUACAUCAUUGUCGGGUGAAAGUCCGCCAAUCAGACGGUUUCCUUAUUUUCCUAAACCAUCUGACCACAGAGGUGGAGACCGUUUCUCCCCAGACUCCUUACAACGCCAGCUUACAGCGGAGAUCAACCUACUGGAAAAUGUGGAGGAUUCCGUGCGUCAAGUGAACGAUAUUGAGAAAUCUAGAGCGGUCUCUUUGGCUCAACAAGAGACAGUAUCGCUGGCUCAAAUACUCAAGUCUAAACAGCAAUCUCAUGAGCAAGAAAUGAACAAGUUAAGAUUGAGGGCAAAGCAAGAGGCCACUCAAGCAGCUAAAGAUCUUGAAAAGACACGCCAAGCAGCAGCAAUGGCGGCGGCCUCAGCUGCAGAGAGCCUGGCACUAGUCCAAACACAAUGCAUCAAGACAGACAAUGAACAUUCAAAAAAAUACAUGGAAGAGGCAACACGCAUGACUUCUGGUCUUUUGACCAGCACAUCACAACAACUGGCAGACUUUUGCAAAAAUCUUACAAGUUCAACGAGCGCAGCUGUAGAAAAUCUUCAAAAAAUGAAAGGAUCAUCGACUAUACUUGUUGAACGUGCGACAAGCAUAAGUGAAGGUCAUCAUGACAUGAAGUCUGAUAAAAGCCUCGUCAGUGAUGAAAUGUCUCCAGGCCGGGAUGAAGAAAUAUCCAUAAACGAACGAACACUUACAGAUGACUUAAGAUCUUUUGAGAAUGAAGGAGCAUCAUACACGAGUGGGAGAGAAACACGUACUAGUGAUCAACAAACACUUUCGAUUCAUCAACGAACGCAUGGGAAUGAAUCACGCGAACACGAGAGUGAUCCACGAACGCAUGGGAGUGAAUCGCGAACGUAUAAGAGUGAUAUGCGAGAACAUACAAGUAAAAGCACAACAGAUGAAGUGAAGUCAAAGCGGGAGUCAUUUGUUAAUUCUUCACAUGCUCUUACAAGAUACUCUAGUGAUGAGUUUGAAUCUUACGAAAGCAUCCCUGAAGAAAUUGCUAACAACACUCUUUCUGAGAAUGCAAGUGUUCAUAAAGAGGAUACGACAGUACACAAUGAAUCAGGAGAGGACACGACAGUACACAAUGAAUCAGGAGAGGACACAACAGUACACAAUGAGUCAGGAGAGGAUCUAAAACCUCGCGAGUCAAUGUCGUCGGCGUUGGAAUAUAGUUCACAACUUGAUGAUUCUUCACGUGCUGUAACUGAUGAUGAUGUAGAAUUUAGCUUUCUUUUACCGUCAAGAGAACAUCGACGAAAGAGCAUGAAACGUAUCAAGGAUCAGCCAUUGACUGAUGGCAAUGAUAGUACCAAAAAGGAGAAAUGUUCACCAUUUGAAAGUUAUGAUUCUUUCGGUCGUUUUACUGUAAAUAUGAUACAACGUUACAUGAUGGAAGAGGAGGUUCGUACAAAACACCAGGCUGCUAUCCUGAGACUAAGAGAAAAAUCACUGAAAGAGAAGACCAAGGCUGAACUACAGUGGUUGGAUCAAUUAAAGAAACAGUCACGUGACAAAGGCUCCGAUGACACCAUGCCUUCGAUAAAGAAACGAGAACGAGGCAUUAAAAUGAAGCUGAAGAAAGAAAAGGAGGAAAUCAAGUGUUUGAAAGCUGCUAAUAGAGCUGCAAGUUUUCAAAGACAUUUCAUGAUUUACCAACAACAAGAGAUUGAACGUCUACAUAAAGCAACUUUAACUAUUCGAGAUAGAAUUCAACAUAAUUCACCUCAACUUGAUCAGGUAUUUAAUAUCAUAAUAACAUACCCAAUUACAAACUCCAGGAAUGUCAUUUUUUAUUUCUUUUAUAUUUUCUAUCAGGUUUUCCCUGCUAAAACAAUAUCUCCAGUGUCAGGGCCAAAGCGCCAAUCCACACCUUCAAGCAGCUCAAAAUCUAAACAUAAUGAAACAGCCAUUUCAAAAAGUAUAUCUGAGGAGAUCGACGAUGUUGUAUCUUAUGUGUCUCCUAAUACUGCUACUUCCCCAUUUCCGUCGUAUGGUAGUGAUAAAAUUGAUUUUCCACGCCUCACCUUGCCUGGGGAAAAGGAUUUUCCAAGUUUAACUGAGAUGUUAAGAUCAGUGAACGCAGUCGGAGAAGAUGGAGAAAGACAAAGUCGAGAAUUAAUGAAAAUCUACAAGAUGUUGUUAGAACGUCAAGAAAAGUUGGCAAAAGAUGAAUGUGAAGUGAACAAUGUAUUGAAAAAGGUCACCCAAAUGUUAAAUAAUCUCAAUAACCAAUCAAAUGAAAGCCCACAACAUGACAACCAGUCAGGAAGCAGCGAAGUUGGCCAAUCUCAAACAAAAAUCUCGGAAAAUGAUCAAGCGAUGAAUAUUUCACGAAAUGAAUCCAUUCCCGAGCAGUUGACUGGGUCAACAAACGAGGAAAUUAAGACGGAGCCUUUUUACGAUGAAAUAGCGAAUGAUUACGAAAACGCUACGUUUGAAUACGAAGAUAUCACAGCACGAACUGGGCUGCGGUCAGUAAAUUCUCAACAUAUUGACGAGGAGAUGAAUUCAAUGACAGAAACGUCUGAACCAAGCGAGGCAGAAACUGAAAAAAGUUUAAACGAACUUAUUGAGCGGGAGAAAAAGAAAGCCAAGGCACUUGAAAGGAAAAAACAAAAGAUUAAAAAAUUAGAAAUAGAAAUACAGAAUACCCGUGAAAAUAUUCAUAGAAAGUUAGCCCAGAGCAAAACGACGACCGUUGAGUCAAUUGCACUUACAGAUAUCAAAGAAUCUAUAGCAAAAAUUGAUGUAACACUUUCCUCUGAGGAAAUCGUGAGAAACCAGCAAAAAUUAAACUGUGAAUCACACGAGGUUCACGAGUCGUUAGUUGAAUUCAUAAAAGAUGAGCCAAGAACAGAAAAUGUGUGCGAAAAAUCUUCAGUUGUAACGAACGAAGCGCGCAUUGAGUCUCAUGAUGUUGAAGAAUCCAUUGUAGAAGAAUUACAAGAGAACAAUGACGAUAAUUUAUCUUUAGGUAGCGAUAACAACAUAUUAAGUAUGACAUUACAAAACACUGUGAAUACCUCAGCAAAAGAAAUCUUGAAGGAAAGUUCACAAACAUCACUUUCACAGAAAAAAUCACCAUCCCAUCGUGAAACUGACGUUGUUACAGAGGAGAUUAUAAAAUCAAUGGCGAGUAUUCCCGAUGAUAUAGCUGUGGUUACCCAAGAUCAUACUAGCAGAAAUUCAGAAAUAUCAGAAGAUGUUUCAGAGAACGUGUACACAUCCAUAGAGGAUGAGAAUGUUAUCUCAGAUUAUGAUGUUGUACAGUCAAAAUCCUCGCAACAACUGGAGUCAAAUCAUAGAUCAGAUUACUACGAUGACGACUCCUUUGAAAAUUCUUUACAAACAAGUGGGAAAGAUGCUUCAAAUAGUUCAUCAAAUUGUGAAGAUGAAUUAAAUAGUGAAAAUGAAAGAAAUGUUGAGGAAACAACUAAGCGAAUUCAAAAUACAUCCAAACUUCUCGAUAAAGAUGAAAAGGAAGUAACGGAGGAGGAGAAGGUCGCUUUUUCGGAGCAUUUUACCAGUUCCAUAGAAGAAAAUAUUUCAGAACAUUUGAGCGAAGAAGGAAGUGAUAAGCCCUCGCUUACGGAAGAUGUAAUGGAAUUUUCCAGAGAAACAUCUUUUAGCAAGGAAAAUGAUGACGAGGAAAGAAAGAUGGUUGGCCUUUUUAUUCAUAAAAAGGAAACAAGCAAUGAAGAAGCUUACGACAAAAGCAUAACGUCGUUAUCAACUGGAAGCAAAGAUAUUGAGAAAUAUUUUGAAAACUCGUCUGCGUUAAACAAUGAGUUUUUUGAUGAACAUGAACUGGAGGAAGUCAAAAAUGAUGUCAUUGUUGAAAAUGAUAGUAAACCAGAAAAACAACUUCCUCAAGAUGAGAUUUUUUCUCAUGAAUCUACUUUGUCGUUAAGAAACUUGAAUAAUUCUUGUGCUUUGAAUAUUCUUGCGCAAGAUAAAACUACCUCCGAUGAAAUGUUACAAUCUUUCAACGACCCUACCGCACCACUUCAUAAAAAUAUUAAUUUUACUGUCGACGAUAUUCAACUACUGACAAAGAAUUCUUUGCUUUCUCGUCAUUCUGUGUCUGACAAAAGUACAUCGGAGGUUUUGUCAAUUGCCGAGGAGAUUUCGAGUGCAUGUGAAGAGACAGAUGUCGUGGAGGAUGUAAAAAAUCAACAAUCAAGUAUCAGUGACUACAAGAAGGAAGGAAACAGUACAACGAAUCAAGAGGAAUCAGAAAGUAUUGCAGUUGAUUAUCAAGGUGAAAAUGAGAUGAAUGAGGAUAUUGAGGAAUCACACGAGAUGAGGUUUCAUGAAUCUCGACCCAAAGAAACUUUCAGCCCAUUUCAAGAAAAACUAAUGCCAGGAUUCGAUACAUCGUCUGUUGAUACAACCAGCAUAACGAACGGUCUUCUUCAUGAUGCAAUCAUGCAAAUGUUAGAAAUAAAAUAUCGUAAAAAGAAUAAAAUGAUGCAACAUGCAGAUAAUGACAAUCAAAUAGAAUCGACAAGAGAACAGCGUCCUAUUGAUAAAUCAUUAUCAGAUAAGGAAAUAACUGUGCCCACGGAUUUGAUUUCAAAAGAAAAUAAGACUAGGAUUGAACAACCAGACGAUGAAAUGAAGAUCAUAGAUAAUGCAUUAAUGAUUGCAAAAAAUAAUCAAGUUUUGGAUAACGAUGCUUUACAAAGUAUACAUGAGGACAUUGCGGGACUUUUAGGGGAAGAUUUGGAUGAUGAAGAUGAAUUGCCGGUAAUGGUCACAAACUUUAGUUCCGAAAACCUCUCGGAUAACGAACCUUCUACACCGGAUUUUUUGCCCAUGUUAGCAGUGCCACAUACAAUUCAGGAAGUAUCACCAAUAGUCCAUUCUACAGUGGACAUUUUGCUCGACGAAAGACGCCUUGGAAGACCGCUGAAUGAAUGUAUACCGCCGGCUCAUUUUUGGGGGGAAAGUCAAGAUACUGAAAACGUAAUACUAGAGUCCUACAGAGAUUUGGUGUUUGAUUUGACGAAAGAAGUUCUGAUAGACAUUGUUUCGCAGAGUGAACCCACCAAUGAACCACCUUGGUCAAAGACCAGAUGGAAAGGCGGGAAAAAUUUAUCCCGUAAUUUUAAACGCUGGAAAAGCGAUGAAGAAAUUCGCACCAUUGUCCUUGAACGGGUUACUAACAUCAUUGGGUUAGGUGUGCCUCGAGCCACCAUGGCAACCAUACCUAGAAAAACACCUGUACGCGGGAAUAAAAAGGACAACGUAGAUGCAAUAUUGAUUGAAGAACUUCGCCUAGAAGAACCAUUAUGGACUGAUUAUGAUGAAGACGAAACUAACGUCAAAUUUCAAGUUGCAGACGCAAUUUUUAAUAUGUUAUUAGAAGACACGAGUAGAGUGUUUAGCGGAAUUGACGUUAGGAAAAAUGUGUAUAAUAACAAUGAAGAAGUUUUAGUUGUUUAAUUGUUAUUUAGAAUUAAGUUUACAGUUGAUGAUCAGUUUGAAUCAUUGAUGAAAAUCAUUAGGAAUGUUUUUAGGAAAAUAUAUCGUUCAUCGAUUUAACACAUAGAUUUAAUUUGAAUGAAAAUAAGAAAAAAAGUAAUGAGAAAAUACAUUCACAAUUUUUACAAAAA